UUUCCGUAUUUGACGUCUAGAUAUAACCUCACUUUCCGCUUGCCGUGCACAUUUCACACAUUUCCUGCUAACGUUUCGUCACACAACACACACUUUCAUCAGUAAAGCAUUCUCUGUGUCACGCUUUCCUAACCUCACUUUCAGUGGUGUAGAGCAUCAUAAUAAUAAAGCAUGGGCAAUGUAGAACUGGAUUUGAUUGAUGGGGCUGAGUACAUUAGUCAGUACAAGAACUUAAAAAUCUUGUACUGCAAUAACCAAAUUAAAGAGCUUCAAACGAUUCUCCGUGACAGGGAGACGUCUCGAAGUGAUUUUAAGUUUUCGGCUGAUCGACUAAUCCGUCUGGUUAUUGAGGAAAGCCUAAAUCAGUUGCCUUUUACUGACUGCAAGGUGAAAACGCCUACUAAUGCUACUUAUGACGGGUUGAAGUAUAAGUCUGGGAAUUGUGGGGUUUCGAUUGUGCGGUCCGGGGAGGCGAUGGAGCAGGGGUUGAGGGACUGUUGUCGCAGUAUUAGGAUAGGGAAGAUCUUGGUGGAGUCGGACGCCGACACGCACGAAGCGAAGGUGGUUUAUGCUAGGUUUCCGGAGGACAUCGCUCAACGACACGUAUUAUUAAUGUACCCGAUUAUGUCCACGGGCAACACGGUCAGUAAGGCCGUAACAGUAUUAAAGGAGCAUAAGGUCAAAGAAGAUAAUAUUAUUUUAAGUAAUUUAUUUUGCACGCCUGCUGCUGUCCAAACUGUCCUAGAAUCUUUCCCAAAGCUGAAAAUGCUGACGUCUGAGGUCCAUCCAGUGGCGCCCAACCAUUUUGGACAGAAGUACUUUGGUACCGACUAAAACCAAUCCAGUGACAGUCAAACCACCUUGAACAUAUGUGAUUAUUAAAUUAUUAGUGUGUACAUUUCAUUAACAAGUCAGUAUACUGAGAUGGUUUCUAAUUUAUUUAAACAUUUUAUUCUAAAACAUCGCGCAUUGUAGAAAACGUACAUAACUUUUUAUAACAUUUCUAACUUGGAACAGUACUUAAUAAGAUUUUUUUUUUUAUAUAUGUAGGUACCUAUUUGUUUAUAUUGCUACCAUAGUUGUGUGGUUUAUGAAGUUAAUUUAUUUUUUGGCAAUAUUAAUUGAGACGUAGAUUGGUGGAAUCAAACCAGGUGAUUAAUUUAUUUGUGUUUUUGUGUUCAUGUAGAUAUUACUUUAAGUUAAGAUGUGCUGUAUUAAUAGGUUAUGUUAAUAA